AUGUAUUUUUUUUUUAAUCUCUCUCUCUUGUUCAGCUGCUGGCUCCAACCAGAAAAGGGAUUUAUAUGGGGCUUCCUUGGACCUGCCUGCGCCAUCUUCUCUGUGAAUUUAGCUCUCCUUCUGGUGACUCUCUGGAUUUUGAAAAACAGACUGUCCUCCGUCAAUAAUGAAGUGUCCACCCUCCAGAACACAAGGAUGCUGGCAUUUAAAGCGACAGCUCAGCUGUUCAUCCUGGGCUGCACGUGGUGUCUGGGCAUCUUGCAGGUGGGUCCGGCUGCCCGGGUCAUGGCCUACCUCUUCACCAUCAUCAACAGCCUGCAGGGCGUCUUCAUCUUCUUGGUGUACUGCCUCCUCAGCCAGCAGGUCCGGGAGCAAUACAGGAAAUGGUCCAAAGGGUUCAGGAAAUUGAGAACUGAGUCUGAGAUGCACACACUCUCCAGCAGUGCAAAGGCUGACACCUCCAAACCCAGCACGGAGGCAUACAAAGAUGGAGCUUCUAAGAACAGGACGGAGCAAAAUGAAAGCUGAUAUGGCCUCUUGAUGUUGCCCUGACAAAUAUAUAUGGCCUAAGCCAUGGUCACAGCCACACAGAUAAGAAAGCCUACACAGCUGACUUGCACAGACAUGCCCGCAAUGGAAAAUUCUGUCCCCUGGCACGUGCGCAGUAAGAACAAAGCAAUAUGGAGUAACUCAAGGCUGGAGUACUUUGGUGUGAUCUUGACUCACGGCAACCUCCGCCUCCCAGGUUCAAGCGAUUCUCCUGCCUCAGCCUCCCGAGUAGCUGGGAUUACAGGUAAGACCUAGAAGUCUCAUUUCUUUUGUCAAAUAAAGCCCAAUCAAGAAUCUCAACGUGAAGCAAAGCACAUACUUAAUCUUGACUUCUGAGAUACACACUGUGGACUUCAGCACAAAGAUGGUAGAAGAUGCAUCCAGAGGGGACAGAGCAUUACUCAGAUGUUAUAGGCUGCUUUUCCUGCAGAAUGUUGCCACCCUUGAUCAAGUAUCUCAUUAGAAGAGCAUCAAAGAGUCCAGAGAAACUUCUGAAGGAUACUUUUUCUCCAGUGAAUGCAAACAUUGUACAAGAGGAUUUUCCAAGAAAAGAAUAAUUCAUUGCUUAUCUAUGACACUGAACAGUUACAAAAAAAUUUAUCUUAUUUUUUCCUCAGAAAAAUUUUCUGAAGUUGUAAUAAUUAUAGAUCUAUUUUAUAUAGGAAGAUACUGAAGGCCAUACAAAGUAUAUAAUUUUUUAUGAAUUCACAUGACCAGAAAGUAGCAGAACCAAUGCUCUAAUUCAGAUGUUAUGGUUACAAAUCAUGCUUUUUUAUAUUCCUUCAUGCUACCAUCACACAUAUCAAUUUACCAGAUAAGCAAGAUCAAAAUUGAAUGUUACUGUGUUGUUCUUGUUAAAAUGAAUGUUUCCUAUCUCAUAUAUGCUAAGAUUAAUUUGACAAAUGUGUUCCCUUACCUCAUAAAUAAUUUUGUUUUUUAUUGUACAUACUACAUUGUUCAAACUUGAUUCAGGUGGCUGAGUUUUUGUUUUUGUUUUUAACUUUCUGGAAAGAACAAUCUGGAAUUUCUAGUGAAUCUUUUUGUUAGAGAACAAUUAAAGAUAAUAUAAACUAUUUUAAUGAGAAAACAUAGCAAGUUAUGUGGACAAUGGAGAAGUAGCCCAGGCUUAAUGUAAGGAAAUGAGAAAACUAUAUUUAUAAAUAAAAUUGUCCUUGAUAAAUACCAAAAAAAAAAAAAAAAA